AUGGCUUUAUCGUUUGAUGACAAACUUCUUGGCGAAAAGGUCCAUAAUUAUUGUAGCAGCAGUGAAGGCGAAGAGGACAGUGGAGAGAGUGGAAGGGUAAGUAACCCUUCUGCUAUUGUUCCGGAAAGCUUGAAACCCCCCCGUCUUGGUUCUCCACAGACUGGGCCAAAGGGUGUAGUUGCUGAUUAUAAACGUUUUAAAAAACUGGAGAGUAGACGAAACGCUGAAAAAGAACGAAAAGUUGUCGAAUAUGCCAAACAGCAUUCCCUUAGUUGCCGACCUUAUAGUGAAGAUGUAAAGGAAGAUGAACAUACCCAUUCGACUUUAAACGCUUCAGAUGAUAGCGACGAUGAAUUUUUGACUCAAUAUCGACAGAACAGAAUAAAUGAACUAAGAAAAGCCAAUGAAAGUCUACCAACUUUCAACAAGAUCUACGAUCUAGUAGCGGAUACAUUUAUUGAUGAGAUAGAUAACACAAACAAGGACACGACUGUUAUUGUUUUUAUAUAUGAAAAUGGAAAUAAAUCUUGUGCAAAAGUCAACACUUGUCUCGAAAAAAUAUUUCAGAGUUAUCCUCACGUGAAGUUUUGUAGAAUCCGAGCUUCUGAGGCUCAUCUCAGUCACCGAUUUUCUCGCUGUGGUGUUCCUGCUAUUGUGGUCUACAAAAAUGGAGAGCUGAUAGGGAAUCUACUUUCUAUUACUAAGGAUCUUGAUCUGGAAUUCUGUCCAAACGAUCUGGAAAAUUACUUAAUUGAGUAUGGAUUUCUACCUGAUAAAACAGUCGUUCAGUUUACUGCAGCAAUGGAUUCGUGUUCUCGUCUUUGUAAAAAAAAUUAA